CCCGCCAAAACUACUUUUACUUUCGAUUUGCCGCUUUUUCCAAAUCAGCCGCUAUGUCGGACAAAUGAUUUGUGAGAGUGAAAAGGAUUAAAAAGAAGAAGAAUUGCGACAACUUGGAGGACGCGACUCUAAUUGAGGUUGUUCCGCCAGCAUGGACAAGUCUCACCUUUCCAACAGCGACAUCAUCAUGACGAGCCCCGCAGGCGCCUACCCGCAGGAAGCGCUGACUCCGCCCAGGCCCGCCCACCAUCACUCUUCAUCUUCCUUAUCCUCGCCCUCCUCCUCGCCCCUCAAACCCAACCAGGUGGGCCAGGUCAUCCUGUACGGCGUGCCCAUCGUCUCGCUGGUCAUCGACAACAUCGAGAGGCUCUGCUUGGCGCAGAUCUCCAACACGCUGCUGAAGAACUACAGCUACAACGAGAUCCACAACCGCCGCGUGGCGCUGGGCAUCACCUGCGUCCAGUGCACGCCCGUGCAGUUGGAGAUCCUCCGCCGCGCGGGCGCCAUGCCCAUCUCCUCGCGCCGCUGCGGCAUGAUCACCAAACGCGAGGCCGAGCGCCUGUGCAAGUCCUUCCUGGGCGAGAACAUGCCGCCCAAACUGCCCGACAACUUCGCCUUCGACGUGACGCACGAGUGCGCCUGGGGUUGCCGCGGUAACUUCAUCCCCGCCCGCUACAACAGCUCCCGGGCCAAGUGCAUCAAGUGCUCCUUCUGCAACAUGUACUUCUCCCCCAACAAGUUCAUCUUCCACUCCCACCGCACGCCGGACGCCAAGUACACCCAGCCGGACGCCGCCAACUUCAACUCCUGGCGGCGGCACCUCAAACUCAGCGACAAACACCCGGCCGACGAGUUGGUCUACGCCUGGGAGGACGUGAAGGCCAUGUUUAACGGCGGCAGUCGGAAGAGGGCGUUGCCUUCCUCGAGUCAUUGUUCGUCCUUGAAGACGAUGCCCGGCCCUCACAUGAUGGCGGGCGACCUCGGUCCUCAGAAACGGGCCCACUUUGACGACGAAGAGGAGCUGGACGGAGGCGGUUUGUCCCCUCGCAAGACCCCGCGCUACCCCGUCAUCCCCGUGCCCAGCAAAGGCUUCGGGAUGCUCCAAAAGUUCCCCCCCACGUCGCUCUUCCCCUCCCCCUACCCCUUCCCCGCCUUCGGCCUGUGCCAGCAGAAGAAGGAGGACGGCGACGUCACAGCCGGGCACAAAGGGACGGGAUUGUCGGGUCUUUUAUGGCCCGGACGUAAGGACACUUUUUAUCCUCCCUUCUGCAUGUUUUGGCCCCCGAGGGCAGCGGGGGGCAUCCCGGUGCCCACCUACCUGCAGCCCCAGCCCAGCCUCUCCUCCCUGGCAGACAACCCCUCCCUCAGGCAGGCCUUCCUGGAUCUCUCCGACUCGUCCGAGCCCGGCAACGGAAACGCCCUCAACACAAACAUGACCCCCAGCAACGCGAGCGCCGCUUCAAGAUCCGGCCUCUUCGAUCCAGACUGCACGAUGGUGACCCCUGACCUGCGGCCCGUGACCUCCGAGAGCUGGCUUAAACUCCUGGACAACCCCGGUCUUCAAGCCAGGAAGCCCAGCUACGGCUCGGCGUUCCGUCCCGUCGUCAAGGACGCGGAGAGCAUGGCGAAGCUUCACGGCAACGCGGACGAAGAGCUCGGGGUCAUGGCGGCCGGCUCGGACCGCCACUCGCGGCUCUCGCCCGGGAGCAGCUGCAGCUACGCCAGCGAGAGCGGGGAUGCAGAGGGAGGCGACAGCGAGGAGGACGGCGAGGUGGACGUGGAGUCCUCCAAGCAGGACGACGAAGAGGAUGAGGGGAGCUUCGCCGGCCGCCCCACUCAGACUCAAACUAACUUGUUCCUGAGCAACAGCGGCGGGGAGGAGAGGGGGAAAGCGAGGGGGAGUGCCUCCCCUCCCUCCCCUGUGGACCCCAUCCGCUUGGAGUCCCCCAGCCUGCCCGCCUCCUCGCCCGCCAGCCUGCCGCUCUCCAGCUCCACGCCGCCUCACAGAGAAGAGCUGGCUUUCAAAAACGUGGACAAAAACAGAAAUGAAGGACUACCCGCCUACGCAACCAAAGACAUUUCAGCAGCUCAACAAACAGUGGAGGACAACAAAGAGCAGAACGGCUUCUUCGGAGGAGACACCGAGACGUCAGCGCCGGACUACUGGAGGGAAAGCUCAGGAGAUCAAAGUCAAGGAGCUGCUUCUCCGGUCACGCUAAAGAAGGACGUGGAGAACAUGGAAAAAGAGGAGCUCCAGAAGGUUUUGUUGGAGCAAAUUGACUUCCGGAGGAGACUGGAGCAAGAGUUUCAUGCUCUGAAGGGCACUUCCCCAUUUCCUGUCUUCCAUACUUUCCAAGACCAGAUGAAGAGAGAGCUGGCCUACAGGGAAGAGAUGGUGCAGCAGUUGCAGAUGAUUCCAUAUGCAAACAUCAUUAGAAAAGACAAGAUCAGCUCGCAUCUUAAUAAGUAGUCCAAAGGGCUAUUUCAUCAAAGAAGAUCCCACAAUAAUACCCAUAAAAAAGAUGCCCCACAAUAAAUGAGAAGAAUGCAGACAUGUCUCAGGAGUUCCUGCACAGUCUGGUUACUUGACCAAAAAAAAGACAUCAGGUGGAAAUCACCAGUAAGACUUUACUGGACCACAAUCCCAAAACUCCACAGCCCUCCAUGAACUGUCCACUGAAGUUGAACUACCUGAGAAGUUCUCCAUCCAUCUUCUUCUGCGGGUCGCGGGUGCAGCAGCCUAAGCAGAGAAGCCCUGCUGACUUCCAUCUCCCCAGCCACUUGGUCCAGCUCCUCCCGAGACCUCCCCAGGCCAGCUGGGAGACAAAGUCUCCCCAACAUGUCCUGGGUCCUCCCCGUGGACCCCGACCGCUCGUUUUGUAAACAGAUGGAAAGUCUUGACUUUUUCCAUCCUGGGGCCUGCUGUGCUGUAAAUACAACACGAUGCUAUAUUAUAGUUGCUGUUCUUGCUGUUUUUGUAGCUGUGAUAAUAAGAGAAAACAUAUCAACCUUUAUUUACUGUGAAUAUGUUCACCCUCAACACAGAAGGAAUGUUACCUCUAUUAUUUGUCAUCCACCAUCUCUUCUUAUUUGCUGCAUUUUCAGUUUGUAAAAACAUAUCUUCAAAGACUCACUUUCAUUUAAAGGUGAUGAUCUUUGAGGUUUAUCACAGUUGUAUAUAUUAUAGAAACUGUAAAAUAUAUCCACAAAAGUGUACAUAUUGUCUCAAGCGAGAAAUAAUCCUGUCUAAAUGUGUUUUGUUGGUCUGACCAUGAAUUAUUAUUUAUUAUUCUUAUUAUAAAUGCUGUCAAACUGAUAAAGAAAAUGAAAAAUACUGCCUCAUCUUGUUUAUAAUGGAUAAAGUUGUCAUUUACUGAGAAAAGAAGUUAUUAUAAAUUACAGAUGUAUUUAAAAAGCAUAUGUUCUUGUUAGCUACAAUUCACUGUGUGUGUAAAUUAAAA